UGUUGACAUUGGACGUGUGCAAACUUUUGGCGGGAAACCCAUUCCAAAUUUGAAACGUUUAAAAACUUGACGUUUCUUGUCAACAGCGUAUUAUUUUUUUGUGAAAAAAUGGGUCCAUUUUAUUUUUUUUGUGGUCAGUUAAUUGUGGCCAGUAUUUUUGCAGUGUCAAAUGCAAUGUACAGCAGUAAAGCUCUGGAAGGAUACCCUUCAGGAUAUUUGGGAGAUUGUCCAACAAACAAAACAGUAUCGAUACCAAAGAAAGAACUGGAUCACCUCCUUUUCGUAGUAAAUGGAGCAAAAUCUUCUAAAAAGAUCAUAUACAACUACUUCCAGACUGAUCUUUUGGCGAAAAGCCCUCAUAUGGACUGGACUAAGAAGACCAUCAUCUACGCGGGUGGAUAUGUAAGCAGCCCCUUGCUGGAUGGAAGAGCCAUUGAUAGACAUUACAAAGAUUUAGGAUAUAAUGUAUGGGUGCUGGAUUCCCUUUAUUUCCACGUCGGGAUAUAUCCUACUAUUGCGCUAGCGAUCCGCGACGUGGCAGCCUACAUAGCAGAAGUGAUGGCGGAUAUGACCGCAAGAGGGCUCUUGGACCCAACCAAGACGGAACUCCUCGGAAUCAGCCUUGGAGCCCACAUCGUCGGCUAUAUAGGCAAGGCAUACUACCAGUUAACUGGCACAAAGGUCAGCAGGAUAACCGGUCUCGAUCCUUCUGGGCCAUGCUUCAGAAACGCGGACCCUGAAUAUAGGCUGGACGAAUCUGACGCGGAUUUCGUGGAUACAGUUCUGACCAAUAUUGACGGGUACGGUAUGGCCGCUCCGAUCGGACAUGUUAAUUUCUAUGUCAAUGGGGGCGAGUACCAAGUAGCUGACCUAACCUACUUCCCAUGCAACAUAUUGUGCAGCCAUAUCAAAUCGUUCCUAAUAUGGAUGGCUGCGUUAGAGAACCCGAAAGGAUUCAUCGCUAUGAAAUGUGACUCAGUUCAGCAGGCCAGGUUCAGAGUUUGCUAUGACAAUGUGCCUCAAGUAACAAAUGUUUUAGGACUUAACGUGGACAAGUCGAAACCGGGAAUUUACUACCUUUCAACGACUAAUGCAUUUCCAUAUUAUUUGGGAAAGAAAGGGUUGAAGCGGGAAAACGAUUAUGUUAAGAAAUUGUUGAGAAGUCUUUUUAGAGGACUGUAAUUAGCAACAAAUGAAUUAAACGCAGGAUUUUUUGUUUUGAUUCAGUUUUGGGCUGAUACUGUAGGUUUGUUUUGUCGACACGACAAGAAGAAGAAGCAACAAAUAAAAUUAAUUAAGUAGGUAAAUGUUUUCUAUGAAAAUAUAGAAAUAAGAAAUAGUUAUUUACUUCACUAACAUUAUUAUUGUAUUUUAAGUAGGUAGAUAAUUGUUUUUUUCUAUUCUAAGAAGAGUAGCAAAAUGGCGAAUAUUUCAUUGUGAUAAUAAUUUAUUGGGUUAUUCAUAAUACAUACUUAAUUCAUCAGAUGCGGUUAUGUAAUUGAGUGAUACUAGCGAAAACCAAUUUUUUCUUUAUUAGUUCAAAAAUUGAAAAAAUAUCAUUAUUACUGGUUUUUAUUUCUUAUGCAAAGCUAUUUAUUGUAUACAGGGUGUUAGGGUAAGCUUAGCCUUUAAACUGAAUGGAUUGGUAAUAAAUGAAUUUAACUGUGUAUAAAAAAGUUUUGUUUAUUUAGUCAAAGGUGUGUAGUUCGACUAACAUCUAAUUAUGUGUACUAAGUAAAUGUAAAUGUACAAUUUAAUAUAAAAUAUGUAAUUAGUCAUUACAUGUAUUAAGGAUUACAAAAGAAAAACGUUGUUUUGUUAUUUU